AGAACUGCACACCUGCACAUGUCCGAGGUCAACAUCUUAUCUGAACACACUUUGGCUUUGAAGCAGGAUCCAUAUCUACAGGUGAACAUCACGAUGCUCCGCUGCGUCUCAUCUGAUCUGGCAGUGCUGCUGUUGCCUAUGCUUCUGGUGGGGUUGCUAAUGCCUAUUGGCUGGAGUUUCCCAGCCCUGACUCCUGGCUGCCACCUUUACCCAUUCAACGUGACCAUACGGACGGACAAGCGAGGGACCUGUCGAGGAACUCAGCUGGUGUACGCGUGCGUGGGCUACUGUGAGUCCAGCGCGUUCCCCUCGCGCUACUCUGUGCAGCUGGCCUCCAACUUCACCCGCAACAUGACGUCUGCUUCCCGCUGCUGCACCAUUAGCAAGGAUGCCAAGAUCAAAGUUCGUCUGCACUGUCCUCAAGGCCGUCAUCAUGAUGAUAUCGAGAUCUUGACUGCGCGUGCCUGUCGGUGCAACAUGUGCCACAAAUCCCGUUACUGAGAUCCCACGUAAAGAACGCGUCACUCAUGCUGUACUUGACAACUAACACUGGUGUGUCAAAUAUGCUUUUUUUUUUUCAUUUGACUUAUAGUUUGGGCUCAGUAGGAUUUUAAGAAAUACUUGAAUUCAGCAAGGAUACAUUGACUUGAUCAAAAGUGACAGUAAAAUCUUUAGUAUUUUUUUUUAAAGUCUAUUUCAAAUAAAUCAUAUUCUUGUGAAAUUUCUAUUUAUCAAAUAAAACUGGAAAAAAAAUCACAAUUUCCACAAAAAUAUUAGGCAGCACAACUGUUUUCCACAUUGAUCACCAAAUCAGCAUAUUAGAGUGAUUUCUGAAGGAUCAUGUGACACUGAAGUCUGCUGAAAAUUCAGCUUUGUCAUCAUAUAAAUAUAUGACAUUUUAAAACAAAACAAAACAAAAAUAUAAAAUGGUAAAUUGUAAUAUUUUACAGUACUACUGUUUCUACUUAAUGUUGCCCUGGUGACCUUAAGAGAUUUUCUUUCAAAAACAUUUGUAUUUUUUUUUUUACUAUUAUAAUAAAAUAAUAUCAUCUUCUUUUGUUUUUAUCUUGUAUUGUUCUAAGAUCACACAGUUGGAAAUAGCAUGAGUGAAUUGUUCUAGAAUGUGGUGUAAAAACAGAAAGUUAAAAGACUACAUAAAACAAUUCAAUAUAAAACAAUGGCAGAUAGCAUCAGAUACUCUAUAAUAAAAUAAAAUCACUUUUCUAAUAUCGGUGCCACCUAAUGACAUAAAGAAUGUAUCUUACGUACUAUAUAUUUAUUAGGUGAAGUUUGCAUAAAAUGUCUAAUAUCUUUCAAAAUAAACUAGUACAUGAUG